UAUGACUGUGGUGCUAUUAGAUAAGUAACCUUGAAGGUGAAAUAAUAUAAGAAAAUUAAUUUUGAUUUUAAGGUAAAAUGGCUGAAAUACCGUCAGGAUUAAUUAGCCACGCUAGAAAAGUUUGUAGUCUUUACAAACGUGCUUUACGUGCGUUAGAAAUUUCCAAUCGUACAAGACAUGAAUAUAGAUAUCGUGCAGUUUUAUUAAGACAACGUUUUGAUAAAAACCGAAAUAUACCAGAUGUUCGUGUUGCAAAACGAUUAUUAUUGGCUGGUGAAGAAGAAUUAUAUCGAAUGAAUCAGUGUGACAAAACUAUUUUUCCUAAUAGUCCAGGUGGAAUAUGUUAUGAACGUUAUUUUGACCCAUCAGAUGCUGUUCUUGAUUAUUGGCAUCCAAUUGAUAAAGCUAGAUAUCCAAAAUAUUUUGCACAAAGAGAAAAACUUAAAGAAGAAUAUCAAAAAUUCUAUAAGAAAUUAUAUCCUGAAAGUUCUGAAGAAGCUAAUAAGUCAAAUAAAUGA